AUGCAUGAAGCUUACAUUACGAAGUUCGCGAAGCACCAGAACAAACAGAUCGAACGAGCGCGUCAACUCCCACUAGAGACGAAGUUGGCGUUCCUUAGCGUUCUUGACUGCUGCAAGUCCCUGAGGCCUACCAAGGAAAGGAAGCGUGGAGAUGCACCGGCCUCUACAUCCGCGAUGUGCAAGCUAGACCUCCUGAUGCUUUCCAAUAUCUUAGCGUUUACUGCUCCACCAGUGUUCAGACGAGUGAUAUGUCGCUCAGUCAGCGAAUUUGGAGUGGGCGAUGCGGCCGGGGCUGGAGGUGAUCAUGACAGUGAUGAAGAGGAGAACAAUUUAGAGGAAGAGCAAAGCGAUGAAGGCGAGCAAAGUGGUGAAAGCGAAGAAGAAACCCAGGAUGACAAAAGUGACGAAGAAGAGCAAGAUCAUGAAAGCGACGCGGGGUAUCUUAAUUUUUAA